AUGACGGAAGUGUGCGUACCUGGUUAAACAGGCUUUUUUCAUACAUGUGGGCAAUUUAGUUAAUGUGAAUUGAAUGCAGCAACAUUAAAAUAUUCAUGUUUGCAUGAUUCUCCUUUUACACCAAAAGCAGGAAUAAUUAUAUCAUAUAUACUGACACCAAUAUUGAUUGGAAUUGGAAUUUUAGGAGGGAUGGGAGGUAUAAAUAUUAAAAAUUUUUAGGCGGAGUAUUGAAAGGACCACUUUUGGAAAUGAUUCUAAAUUAUUCUUAAAGUGAAGCAACUCAUAUUGCAUAUUGUCUUAUGUUUGGAGGUACCCUUCUUAACACAGUUCUAUUAAUGUUUGAAAAGUAUAAACCUUAAAUAUAAUAGAAAUCCAGAAGAUGAACGAAGACCUAUUAUAAAUUACAGAAUUGCAAUAAUCUUUAAUCUUGCAGUUCCAUUUGCCACUAAUCUUGGUUCAUCUUUAGCAUCAUUUCUACCAUAAUUAUACACUCUUAUUCUACAAGAGCUGUUUUUAUUCGGAGUUGCUCCUAUUCUAUGGUAAAAAGGUAUUAUAUAGAAUAAUUGUGUCAAUUAGCUAAAAAUGCUAAAGAAGCAGAACUCAAAAUCAGUGAUGACUCUUAAAAAGAUAACACUACAAAUUUAAAUGACUCAAAUCUUAAUACUAAAAUUGAGUUACAGACUAUGGAAGGGAUGCAAGAACAAUAAGAUUAUUAAAUUCCAGAUAGUAAAAAGAUGUCUAUAAUUUCUAAUACAAGUUUAAAUGAAUCUCUAUAUUCAUAAUUUAAAUAGGAUUCAGAGAAUAUAUUGCCACCUAUGCCAAUUGUCUUUAUUCUAGGUUCAUUUGGAUUAAAUUAAGUAAAAGAUAAGUUUUAUAUAAAUUAGAUAUUUAUAUAAAUGAGAUCUACAAAUCCCAAGAAACCCUCAUAUGUUGGGAUAGAAGAUUGCACUUGGGAAAAUGAUUUUAUAAUUUUCAUAUUGAUCGUUGCCAAUGUCAUUUAUGAUUAUUUUAUUUGGUAAUUUGGGACAAACUAAGAGAAACAAUAUAAUUAAAUUAACUUUUUACCCAAAGAAAGAUAUUUUACUCCAAUUAGUAGAUUUUUCAAAAUAUAUGCUGGUGGAUUUAUGGCAGGAUUUGUAUCCGGGUUUUUAGGAAUGGGAGCUGGUUUUGUAAUGGUUCCUACUUUGCUAUAUAGUGGCUUAAUUCCUAGAUGUGCUUCAGCUACAUCAGCUUUUAUUUAUUUAAUGAUUUCAUUAAAUAAUUUAAUUACUCUACUCACCAAUCAUUAUCUAGACUGGCAAACUAUAAUUUUAUUUACUGGAUUAGCUGUAUUAAAAAUAUAUCAUUAUUAAGAUUAUAGGUGGAUCAGUUUUUGCUAAAAUUGGCUAUAUAUUAUUAGGAAAAUACAAAAUUGGAUAUUUUGUAAUACUGAUUGUUUUUGCUCUAGACAUAGCCAAUAUUAUUUCUUAAAUAUAUUAUGGAGUUGUUUUUGGUAAAAGGUAUGGGUUAGACUAUUUAACUCAUGCUAAUAAGUAGUGUUAGUGA